UAACGAAAUGUUGAAAAGGGCACCGCACCAAUAAACAGAAGAAGAAUUAUAAUAAUCUACAACAGCCAACAAUGUCGUACACGGACUUACAAGUUCAUAGGAACGUUAAAGUGGAAUCAAAUGAGUUAGAAAACAGUCCUAUGGGUUUACAUGAGGUUUACAUUAAAGAAGAGCCAGUUCGUAUUGCGCAAGAAGAACAAAACAUGAAAGAUAAGCUGGAUCUGUAUGCAGAUCAUGAAAUCAAGGAAGAAAUAGUCAUAGGACCUGUGGUGUUGCAGACUACUGAUAUAGCUCAGAAUUGACACUGCACUGCACUGGCGAAUCUUAGAAAAGGCACCGCCCCAAUGAGUAAAAAGUAGAUGAAUGAAAAAAACAAUGUCGUACACGGACUUACAAGAUGUUAUGAACAUUAAGGAGGAGGCAAGU